AUGAAAAUCGUCGUUACAGGUUGUAACGGAAGAGUAGGGCAACGUGUAGUUAAAGCCUCCCUGGAGCGGGGACACAGUGUCUUGGGCGUCGAUGUUAUCGACCAGUCUCUAGAGCAUCAGGAGGCUCAUUGGAUAAAGAAGGACCCCACCAUGUUCAGCUUCAAGAAGGCCGAUCUUCGAAAUUAUGAUACAGUCCUUAAACUUCUUGCAGGAUAUGAUGCAGUCAUUCACCUCGCUGCUUUUCCUAACCCUGAUGAUUACAUAGUGAAGGCACACAAUAGCAAUGUGGUUAUUUCUUGGAACAUGUUGCGUGCUUGUGCAGAGUUAGGGAUUGAUAAAGUCGCUCAAGCCUCCUCUGUCAACGUAAUCGGCAUGGCGUACUGUCAAAAAUCCAGGCUUCAUUAUUUCCCCAUCGACGAACUCCAUCCAUGCGAAACUGACGAACCAUACGGACUUUCUAAAAUUAUUUGUGAGAUGCAAGCAGACGUUAUCACCCGUCGAUAUGAAAGCAUGAGAGUGGCCAGCUUGCGAUUACAUUGGUCAGUUCCCAGCAAAUCAAAGGCCAAUGUCGUCGACGGAAGAGAAAAGGACCUGUGGGGUUACGUCCAAGAAGAUUCGGCCGCUAAUGCAUUCAUGUUGGCCAUUGCGGAAUCUGACAAAUGGACAGGCCACGAGCGCUUCUUCAUAGCUGCACCAACUACAGCGGUCGACGUGGAGACAUUAUCGUUGUUGGAGAAAUACUGGCCUCAAGUGCCUAUCAAAGAAGGAGUGUCCUUGACUGGUACUCAAGGGCUGUUUGAUUGCUCUAAGGCCGCCAAGCUCCUAGGUUGGCACCACGCGGAUUAA